ACCAACCUUCAUUGCUGGCCGGUCGGAACUGUUGUCGCGGAGUUGUUUCUGGGGGAGACUCAUUCUGGAAGCAGCAGCGCAAAUAUCCCAAACAACUUAAGUUCCUUUCAGUCCGUGUUGAACGUAUCGGCGUUUCGGAAAGGGAUUUAAAGGCUUUUAACUCGAUAAGCAUUUAUAAAUGAAACUUUUUGUACAGUUGCAAGCAUGUCCGUUAGCGGCUGUUGGAUAGUGGUAACCAAGGUUACACGGAGCUAGCGCUGACAUUGACAGCUGAGAACAGGUAUGACUGUUCGCUAUCAAAUUAACUCAGGAAAAAAGUACCAUUAACGUGCUCUGACAGUACAGUCUGCUUUAGGAUGACUUAUUUCAGCCCUCUUAGACAAUAAACGACUGUGUUGGCGUCGUCUGCAGUUACUAAAGACCUGGAAGCUGUUUUAUACGCCUGAGCCAGGAAAGUUAAGAGUCCGCGGCACAAACUAUGGCUUUACUUUGUGUUCAUGCUUUAAGGGGAGGUCGCUUCUGUUCCCUUUCUGCACUCCUGACUCGAAACUUCCAGGUGCGCAAACAAGCUGGACAUCCUGUGAAGAAGGCGAGCUGGUCUCUGUCCUCUCGGUCCAGCUGUCACACUGUUCACCUCAGAGCCACUCCGGCUGGACUACCUCUGUCAUUACAUGGCAAUGCUGGGAGAGUGUGUUACCAGAUUAGUCCCAAAAUCACUUCUCCCCCGCAGUCUGGCCCUGUCCUGCUCCAGUGCGGACACCAUUUCCACACCUCAGCUGUUGUUAGGGCUCUGCCUGCUGCUCCUCUCAUAUGGAUGGUGCUCAAACCUCUGCAGAAGCUCCUGGCUAUAAUACUGGGCAGGAGUAUAAGGAAGUGGUGGGUGGCACUACCAGCCAACCGCCGGCAGCUCAUGCGCGAGUGGGCCUGGCAGCGCCGCUGGCAACUGGCAGCAAUGACAGGAGUUGCCAUGGUGAUUGUAGCCCUUCUUCUCCUGACCCACCUGGAUGAAUCCCCUGUGACAGGACGUACCCGCCUCCUGGUGUUCAGCCGACAGAACUACAUGGAGCUGGCAGCUCUGACUUCAGACGCGUACAUGGAGGAGUUUGCGGAGCUGUUUGUUCCCGAGACUGACCCUCGUCACCAGGUGGUGGAGCGGGUGGUGCAGCACUUGGCGCAAAGAAACAGCGACAUCCCUGAAAUGUCUGAGGUCACUUGGAGCGUCCACGUGGUGCAAAGCCCCAACACCAACGCCUUUGUCCUUCCAAACGGGAAAGUGUUCAUGUUUACUGGGAUGCUGGAUGCUGUGGCAGAUGUUCACCAGCUCUCCAUUGUCCUGGGACACGAGAUGGCUCAUGCAUUAUUGGGACACUCUGCAGAACAGGCCAGUCUGUCUCAUGUCGUGGACCUCCUGUCCGUUGUUUUGCUGACAGCCAUCUGGGCCGUGUGUCCUCGAGACAGCCUGGCACUGCUGGGACAGUGGGUACAGGACAAGCUCACACAGUUUAUGUUCAACCGUCCUUACAGCAGGAAACUGGAGGCUGAAGCAGAUCAAGUCGGAUUGCAGUUGGCUGCUAAGGCAUGUGCAGAUGUGCGAGCGGGCCCUGUAUUCUGGCAGCAAAUGGAAAUCAGAGACCAGCUGAGUGGAGAGCCCACCUUCCCCGAGUGGCUGUCUACACAUCCAUCGCACAGAAACAGAGUUACUCAGCUGGACCGCCUCAUACCACAGGCCCUGGAGUUGAGGGAAAGCUGUCUCUGCCCUGCUCUACCUGCUACUGACCCUCGUACCGUCUUCUCCAAGAGUGUCCGUGUGUUGCUGGAGAAGGCUAAUGACCAUGGGAGAGCAGGGCCAGGGGAGUCACUCAAGCCCCUUCCCCGCAGCCCUACCAGACUGCCUGCAGCUCUGCUUGCCCAGACUAUGCUUCCUCUUUCCCCAAACACGGAUCAAGAGAUCAAAGGUCCAGUCCCAGUCAUAACCUCAGACAAAGCUGUUGCACCCCCUGUUCCUGCCGAGGAACAGCACAGGGUGCAGAGCACCAGCUGACAGGGAUGUUAAGUCCUCACAAACUUCAGAUUUUUCACAUGAGUGAGUGAUUGCUAUAAUGCUCAGCUGCUGUAUUUGCAGAACUGCAGACUAUUUACUGCUGCUAAAAGACUUUUCAUGCUUGUCGUCUAUUAAAUGUCAGAGUUCCUGAGUGCA